AUGAUUCUGGCGGUUCUGUUUGCGAAUGCGGAGGGCAAUAUCCUCAUCGAACGUUUUCAUGGGGUUCCUGCAGAGGAGCGUCUACAUUGGCGUUCUUUCUUGGUUAAACUAGGAGCUGACAAUCUUAAGGGUGUAAACAAUGAAGAACUCCUAGUUGCUUGCCACAAGUCAGUUUAUAUUGUAUACACAGUACUUGGAGACGUCAGCAUUUAUGUCGUGGGGAAGGAAGAUUAUGAUGAACUUGCUUUGUCAGAAGUAAUCUUUGUGAUAACCUCAGCUGUGAAGGAUAUAUGUGGAAAGCCCCCAAGUGAACGUCUUUUCCUUGAUAAGUAUGGAAGAAUUUGUUUGUGCUUGGAUGAAAUUGUAUGGAAGGGAUAUUUGGAAAAUACAGAAAAGGAUAGAAUCAAAAGAUUGGUUAGGUUAAAGCCUCCCACUGAGUUCUGA